GCGAGCAAAGGAAGGUUGAGAGUCAACAUGAAUUUAAUAAGGAUGCUAUAAUGGCUGAGAAUCCGAAGGAGAUGGAGGUAGUGAAUCUGAACAGUGCGGCUGUAGAUUUGGUUGCCUUGGGGAAUGCGGAUACCUUAGUUACUUGCAGUGGGACAAAGCGGAGGCGUGGGCGACCACGGAAGGACGGGAAAGAUAACUUGUCGGUUCAGAAGGCACUUACUGAAAUUGGGGAAAUCAAAACCCCAAUGGUUUGUGGCAGUGCAAACGAGAAGGUAAAUAUAAAUGCCAAUGAAGGUAAUGUUAGUAGUUGUAGCGAAAUAAAGAGGAAGAGGGGACGGCCGCCUAAGAACAGGAAUUCAAAAAGUGCGGAUGGGAGUAAGCAGAGGAAGAUUCAGAGUCAAAAUGAAUGUAAUAAGGAUGCUAUAAUGGCUGAGAAUUUGAAGGAGAAGGAGGUAGUGAACGUGAAUGGUGAAGCUGUAGACUUGGUUGCCUUAAGGAAUGCGGAUGAUUUUCUUAGGGAGGAGUUGCGAAGGAGAACAGAGGGACUGGGAACAGAGGCAGAGUUAUUGGAGUUGCUAAAGAGGUUAGAUGGAGAAUGGGGGACUAAGAGUGAGAAGAAGAGGAUUGUAGAUGCCUGCAACUUUUGCAACAUGUUGCCCAAGGGCUGGAAACUUAUGCUUUGUGUUAGGAGGAGGGCCAGCAAUGCUUGGUUAGCUUGUCGACGAUAUAUAAGGUGUCCAAUUUUAUUUGCCUUUAGCAUGGUAUCAUUGUCAUUGAUUGAUGGUUAUUCAUUAUUAUGUGCAGAAUUUAUUCCAAUACCAUAGAGUUUGUUUGAUAGAUAUUAUAUAGACAAAUGGAUGUCAUCUAGUAAAUAUAUA